UUUUCUCCAUCCUCGCCUGUCUCGUCUCUCCGCAGAUCCAGCGCAUGGUGAUCAGUGGCGGCAACUUCAAGCCCGACACGCUCAAGCCCAAGGAGGUUGUGUCUCUGCUUCUGGACGACGCCGAGCUGGAGCGCAAGUUCCGACAGCGUCAGGAGGAACGGAAGCAGCUGGAGGACAACGUCGAGAAGCCCAAGGAGCGCAAGAGGCGAAGCGACAAGGGAGAGAAGCGGGGUCCCCGCAAGAAGAAGAUGGUUGAGCACAAUGUGACGACCAGUGCCCCCACGCCUGUGACAAUGGCAUCAACGCCGCCCCCUACGUUACCUUCACAGCAGGACUCGGAGUCCAUCGUCAGCCUUGACUCGAUUCCACCAAGCCCCUACAGCGAGCGUUCGCUGAGCAGUGUGGCCAUUGCACAAGAUGAUGACAGCAGCGAUGGCCCCCUCAUCGUGGAUGAUGGAAGCCCGUCGAGCACUCCUGUGCCUCCCCUGAACACCUCUGUGGACAGUCCUGGAGCACCAUCUCCGGGCGGCAAGAAGGGCCGAGGCACGGGUCGAAGUCGAGGUCGGCCACGAGGGUCGACACGCAGGGGCGGGGCCGCGCUGCGGGGCCGGGGAUCCAUGCUGGCAGCCGCCGAGCGAGCCGGAGCCCAAGCCGGAGCCCAGGCUGGUUUUGCAGCCUAUGGCUACAGUGUUCCCUGGAACGGAGCCUCAUCAACAAGCGGGGCGACAUCUACGCCGGCGACGCGUGGCGGCUCUGCGGGCAGUCCGUUCCGUGGUGCCCUCCAUCAGCAAGCCGCGGCGUCAUCGAGGCACAGCUCCCCGCGCCAGGGUCUGGGCCAGGCGUCGUCCUCGUCGUCGGGCUCCGCCUCCGGCUCCCAGGCGGCGCUGCAGCAGCACCUCUCCCAACGGCCGCUAUAGCUUUUCACCAAGUGGCAAGGUGCCGCUGAAACUCGUGACGUCACCCGGGGCUACUACGUGAUACGCGUGCGUCGUGAUCGGCCAUGAAUGGCCUUUGGUUCUGUGAAGCUGCGGGACGUGCGUUCAGAUUUUGCAAAACUAUUGGCAGCGCCGCUGCCUCCUUGUCAGCUAGCGAGCGACCAUGGCAGGUCCGAGACCUCUGUGACGUCAUCACGCAACAUCGCGGUCUACGCGGGGUUCUCACGUUAUUUUGGUGAAGUCGCACAAUUGCGUGUAUACUGUCCGCAUGAGCACCCUUGUCUUUUUUUUUUUUUUAGUUUGUGCCAUAAGUCGUGAAAGCCUAGUCCAUUAAGAAGAAGCCUCCUCAGCGGUGCUAGGCUCGUCGUGAUUUUAGCCUGAAUGCAGUUUGCAAGAUCUUCACAAGUUGAAAGACGUUGACGUGACGCUGCGAUUCCGACUCAAGCACGUUUUGCAAAAGAUAUUGUUUCUGUCGAUGACGUCGGUCGGACGCCCAGGUUUUGUCGUGGACAAAGAAGUGUAAAUAACUUUUUUUUGUUGUUGUUGUUGCUUAGAUUGCAUUGACGAGAAGUUCCAUGUGUCUUGCCUGCCUUGUGUUUGUUGAUCAUAUUUCAGCCUCGAGGCGCCCUCUGUUCGCCGGUUAGGCUUAAGGUUUUAGCAUGAUCGAUGACGUCACCGAUUUUGGCGCACCCUGACGCCAAGCCGCUGUUGCCAACGCACGCGCCACGUGGUAUCGGCCUGUGAAGAACCGACGCCUGUCGCCAUCGUAUUGACGCCGCUGGAAGAAGUCGACAGAGUGGAAGCUUGAAUCGCUGCAUGCUUCAUCGUGAUCGAGAGCUUGAUUGUGCCAGAGCCACGGAAUCCGAUCAAGGCCUGUGUCCCCUCCCGAGCGAUUGUGUCAGUGUAAAAUACGUCAAUUGCGUGUUCGUGGCCAACACGAGUCGAAGGACAAAGCGACCACAUUUCAUCGCAGAGCUUAUGUUCGGUGUUAUCAACUUGAUAGCGUCAUUCUCAGUCCCUUCGAAGGUCGAAGGCGGCUGGUGCAUUUUUGUUAUUUUCUGUGAUCAUGAUGCUUGCGAACUGGACAUGAGUGGCAUUAGCAGGUCAUCGUUUGUCAAGAGCUCUGUUGUGCAUGAGUAGACCUACGUGAUAAUGAACGUUUCGAAGUUGCACUGUGUUGUGCAAGACUUGUGCGUACCACCACCCUCUUUUCUCCUGCCGCGCUUACAAGGGGUGCAUAAAUGUACCAGCGUCUGUUCGUUUGCUUGUCAGAAACUGAUUAAGGCUUCGUACUCCUAAAAAAAAAACGUGUAAGGCUUCGUACUCCUCAAAAAAAAAAAAAAAAACGUGUACGCCCGAAGAAGGUAAGAUAGUAAAAUAUGGACAUCUGCAAGUUUAUUUAGUAAGUGCAGAUAUGAUAACAGGCAAGGGCCCAAAAGUGACGUAUUUGUUUGGUGGACGCAUCGGGAAAUAAAUUCGGGUGGACGCACCGAGAAAAGGUUACCUUUAAACAUCUGAAAACUGAAGGUCAGGGGAGGGCUUGAAUUAUGCUAACCCGCAAUUGUGACGUCGCUAUGAAGAUUGGUGGUUAGCCUUGACCUGUAGCAGAGAAUGUCGCCGUGAGGUUUUCUGGCCUGAAUUUCGGGAAAAGAUAAAAAGUGUGAGACUAUGUAUAACGUAGAUCUUGCCACCUUACACACUGUAAAUAAUAAAAUAACUUCUGAACCUG